AUUACAUGGCAGAAACCAAUGCUGGUUUGCAAACCAGGCAAAGCAAAGUGAGCAAUUGCCCAUGGAAGUCCUCCAUUUUUAUCAAAUCAUUUUGGUUACCUCCACCCCUCAUGCUCUUCCACCACAGGGUAACUUUAAGUAUGUACACUGACUUUGCAGUGCCCAGGGUUUCUGGCUACGCCCGUGGUGAUCCUCAACAGAGGAAGCUAACAGUUUAAAUGCUUUGCUGCGGCGGUGUAGUGACCUCUGUCUGCCGCAGGGAGUAGGGCUCAGCGCUGGGAUUCAUGGGAUAAACUGUUGGACUGUUGACGUGAGUACGGCGGCCUGACGGCAUGUAGCUUACCCAGCGUUGUCUUCUGGACAUCUCGUUGUUGUGAGAGCCACCAACAGUUCCACUUGAUUUGGAGACAAGAAUUAAUUUUUUGUCAGUUAUCAGCACCGCUCGGCUAUCGACCAUGUGUGCAGUUAACUUACACCCUCGCCGAUAAGUGUCAGUUGGUCAAAGUUGCUUAGCCAUUAGCUCCUAGUUCAGUUAGCCAAUCCAAGUCUCUCUAGCACGACACAAACCAGCUAAUGUCUUGUGCCGUCGCUAUCUUUGAACGGCUGUCAGCACCAUCACCGGGACAACGGGCAACCCCCGGCCGUCUGAUGGAAAGGUGAGGGGGACGAUGCUGAGAUUCCUCCACAUCCUUUUAACAGGCCUGUUAGGUGCUCUAUGGGAUGGAGUUAAUGCCUUUGGUGGAGUCAGACUAGUAGAUGGGGACAACAAGUGUUCUGGGAGAGUUGAGGUACUCCGCCAUGACCAGUGGGGGACAGUUUGCGACCAUGGCUGGGACCUCCGGGAGGCUGAUGUGGUGUGCCUGGAGCUGGGCUGUGGCUUAGCUGAAUCUGCCCUUCAUGAUGCAGCAUUUGGUGCGGGCAGAGGAGAGAUCUGGCUGCGGCAUGUCCAGUGCACUGGACAUGAAUCCAGUUUGACACGCUGUGCUGUUGUUCUCCACAGUAACUCCUACUGCACCCAUGAGAAUGAUGCAGGGGUGAAAUGCUCAGGUACCCUUUUAACGCCCACACUCGCCCUGCUGUCACCUCACACUGUGUUCUCACCUGGGGAGGCUGUUCGCUUCGGCUGCAGUGUUCUACUGGGUCACCACCUCAGUGACUUCCACCUGUACAAGGCUGGAGUAGCCACACCGCUGGUUACACAGAGGGCCGACCAGACCCAGCCCGGAGUGGAGCUCACGUUGUCUGACAUAGAGACUUUCCACCAGGGCAGCUACAGUUGUCGGUAUAGGAUCAAGGGUGGCUUUCCUUCUCAGCUGCUCAGCUCUCCACCCAGCAACUCCAUCAACAUCACUGUGGUGGAACUCUUGACUCCCCAACACUGGUACAACACGUCCACUGAUGCCCCGGCUGGUUCUGUCAUCAAAGGCCACAGUUUUAAUAUCACCUGCUCCACCGCGCAGCAGUACCCUGGAGGUUCCUUCCAGCUGCGUCUGAUUCGCUCCAACGGCACAGUGCGCCAGUCCCUGCCUGCCCUCACCCCGUCUGUCACUUUCACCUUUCCCAACGCCCAGAGCUCCAACGAGGGCUACUACUACUGCCUGUAUCGGGUCCAGCUGGGUGGACGCACCUUCGUCUCCAGAGAAAGCCAGCCCCUGCCUAUAGCCAUAAGAGACCCAGAUCCAGUGCUCAGUCCAAUGGUGAUCAGCUGGCUUGUGUCUGGCCUGACAUUUGUCGUAGCUGUUGUUGUUAUAAUCAUUGUGGCCAAGGUACUGUGUAACAAAGAGAAGAAGCCCUCUGAACUGGAGCGAGAGACCAGAACCUGUGUGGACAACACUUAUGUUGCCUUAUCAAUUAACAAGCUAUGACGGGGUAUGCAGGCAACAGAUAACUAAAGCAGAAUCACUAGUGAGUGGUGGAAAGCCAGAAGGCUCACACUGUGUCCUCCAUGGAUUCAGGUGGCAGGGGACAUAACACAGAACCAAACAGUUUGGCUGAUCAUCCACCACACCUUUGGAAAAGGCAGCAGCUGGACCCAGUUCAGGACAGUCUGGAUGAAGCACAGCUUUCAAUGGACACAAACAUAGACCUGAGACUGUACUGCAGUUUUCUUUCUUACCAAACUUCAGGUUAGCAUUACUGCAGGGAAGCCAUGGAUAUGAUUUGCUAUUAAGCAUUGUGUUAUAGUGAGAUGUAAGCGAAUGGCCACAGAAGACUGACAGACAAUAGAAACUAUGUCCAGUUCAAAGUCAAUCUUGGUUCAGGUUGGAUUUCAGAUUCACUCAGACUUAGCUGUUGCCAUGACCCCAGAUGUAUGGUGUAGAAAUCUGCUGCAAAAAGCUAAACUGGGGAAACUGUGACAUAGCUUCUUCAGGUUUCUGUGUACCGUCGAUACAAAAAAAUCUACACACCCUUGUUAAAAUGCCAGGUUUUUGUGAUGUAAAAAAAAAUGAGACGAUAAAUCAUUUCAGAACUUUCAGUGAAGACAAUAUGGCACGACAGUGACAUUACCAAGAACUGGACAUCCCUUCAAAAUUGAUGAAAAGACAAGAAGAAAACUGGUCAGGGAGGCCUACACCAACAUUAAAAGAACUGCAGAAAUUGGCACAAUUUUGGCACAAAACCAU